ACACAAUCAACGGUCCGUCAUAAUUUUUCGUAUGACUAUAUGAAUGUCGAGUGUACGGCGCAUCUCUUAAACUUAGUGCAAUAUUCGUUUUUGCAAUCUUACAUCCGCAUCCGGUCGUAUGAUCGAAUGAAGAGCCGAAUACGUCUGAAAAUCGUUGCUCGCCGUGCCCAACUGAGAAAAUAUGGCUUUGUCGCCGUCAUGGGAAGAUUUGAGGAAACAGGCCAGAAGGCUGGAAACAGAAAUCGACUCAAUGUUAGUGUCAUUAAGUAAAAUAAGUACUAAUAAUCCUAUGAUGUAUAGCGAUGAUGAAUCACAGUUGUUAUUGUCCGAUGAUCGAUUUGAAACAGCCACAUCUGAAAUUGAAGAACUGUUGUCUAAGCUUAAUACGGUCAAUGAAAAAAUGAGUGAAUGGAGCUCUAAUGGGGAACAAUCUACAGUUUCACAAAAUGUACAUACUGUACAGCGCCACAGAGAUAUUUUACAAGAUUAUACUAAAGAGUUUCAAAAAAUACAAUCCAAUGUUAGAGCUCGAAGGGAAAGGGAAGAUUUGUUGCAUAGUGUUCGGCAGGACAUUGAUGGCUACAAGAAUUCUGGAACAAAAAACAGGCGUAUGGAUUUGUAUGUCAAAGAACACGAACAUGUACGCAAUUCAGAUCGUUUAGUAUCUGAUCAGAUCGCAAUUGCAAUGGAAACCAGAGAACACUUAGUAUCACAACGUCAUCAUUUUAAACGUUUACAAUCUAGACUUCACGAUUUGUCAAGUAGAUUUCCUGCUCUUAACACCCUUGUACAAAAAAUUAAUAUGCGUAAAAAACGUGAUUCUUUAAUAGUUGGAGGAGUUAUUGUUAUAUGUACUUUUAUAAUACUCUUGUAUACGUUUCAUUAGGAACAUUUUCAAAUUGGUGGUUAAUAUAUAUAUAUAUAUAUACAUGGGUAUUAUUACGAAUUUUGUUUUUAAAUAAUUACAAAAAUAAAUUUAUUUUACUUACAUUA